CAUGGCCGGAAGGGGCCUGGUGAGGAAGAGGCGGGGAGGGGACAGGCUGCAGCCGGUGCAGUUACACGUUUUUCUCCAAGGAGCUUUGGACUUUGUCACGGGUUUGGGGUCGGGGACAGAGCGGUGACCAUGGCCAGGCUGGCGUUGUCUCCUGUGCCCGGCCACUGGAUGGUGGCGUUGCUGCUGCUGCUCUCAGCAGCUGAGCCAGUGCCAGCACCCGGAUCAGAGCACCUGUACCCGAAUCCCAAAGGUAGUGCUUGUUCUCGGAUCUGGCAGAGCCCACGUUUCAUAGCCAGGAAACGGGGCUUCACGGUGAAAAUGCACUGCUACGUGAACGGCGCCUCCGACAAUGUGACCUGGCUCUGGAAGCGGGAGACGGACGAGGAGCCCCGGCAGCUGAAGCUGGAACCGGGUCACAUGCAGAAGACCCACAACAAAUCUGUCACCACCCUCACCAUCCAAGGCAUCCGGUUUGAGGACAAUGGCAUCUACUUCUGCCAGCAGGAGUGCAACAACACCUCGGAGGUCUACCUGGGCUGCGGCACGGAGCUGCGAGUCAUGGGAUUCAGCACCUUGGCACAGCUGAAGCAGAGGAACACGCUGAAGGAUGGUAUCAUCAUGAUCCAGACGCUGCUGAUCAUCCUUUUCAUCAUCGUGCCCAUCUUCCUGCUGCUGGACAAGGAUGACAGCAAGGCUGGCAUGGAGGAAGAUCACACCUACGAGGGCCUGGACAUUGACCAGACAGCCACCUACGAGGACAUAGUGACGCUGCGGACAGGGGAAGUGAAGUGGUCUGUAGGUGAGCACCCAGGCCAGGAGUGAGAGCCAGGUCAUCCCCAUGCCCUGGGUGCAGGCUCCCCAGCCUCAGUGACUGCUUCGGAGCUGCCUGGCUCAUGGCCCAACCCCUUUCCCGGACCCCCAGCUGGCCUCUGAAGCUGGCCCACUAGAGCUGCCAAUCAUCUCCAGCCCCUGGUCCCCAGCUCUUGCCAAAGGGCCUGGAGUAGAAGGACAACAGGGUAGCAACUUGGAGGGAGUUCUCUGGGGAUGGACGGGACCCAGGCUUCUGGGGGUGCUAUGAGGGGAUCCAUCCCCACGCAUGGGAUGGGGGAGGCAGAGACUGGUCCAGAACCCGCAAAUGGACUCGGAGCCGAGGGCCUCCCAGCAGAGCUUGGGAGGGGCCACGGACCCAACUGGGCCCCAGAAGAGCCACGGGAACAUCAUUCCUCUCCCGCAACCGCUCCCACCCCAGGGAGGCCCUGGCCUCCACUGCCUUCCCCCGUGGAAUAAACGGUGUGUCCUGAGAAACCAUA